AUGAUGGCUACGACAAAAGCUCUCGUUAAUAUCCGCCCAGGCCACGCUGAGGUACAGGAUAUCCCUGUGCCCGCCCUUGAGCCCGGUUAUAUUAGAGUCAGACCCACUGCGUGGGCUAUCAACCCAGACGAUGCUUACCACCUUGGCUUAGAAGGCGAGGAGAGUUGUCCUGGCACUAUCAUUGGUACAGACUAUGCUGGUAUCGUUGUAGAGGUUGGGCCGGGAGUGGAGAGGGACUUUAAAGUUGGGGAUCGUAUUGCUGGCGGUGUCGUCGGGCAAAAUAUUCUGCGGAAGCAUGAUGGCGCUUUUGCGCACUUGAUUCAUGUCCAGGGAGAUAUUCAGAUGAAGAUCCCUGAUAAUAUGAGUGAUAAAGAAGCUGCGACUCAGGGUGUUGCGCUCAUCACGAUGGGCGUUGGCUUAUACCAGCAUCUGCAUCUUCCUCUUCCUCAUGAACCAGCAAAGGAGCGCUUUCCUGUCUUUAUCUAUGGUGGCAGUACAGCCAUGGGGAUCACAGCAAUCCAGCUCGCAAAGGUCGGUGGUACUACAGUUAUUACCACUUCGUCGCCCAGUAACGCAGAUUAUGUAAAGUCCCUGGGUGCCGAUCACGUCCUGGACUACAAGUCCCAGACUCUGGUUGACGACAUCCUCAGAUUAUCAGGCGGUCCCCUCCUCCAUGUCUUCGACACCCAUCCCAACCUCACCAGCAUCACAACCUCCGCAGCAAUCCUCCAAAAGUCCCCCUCUGCGAUCUACAUCUCCCUCAACUCCGGCCUGGAGCGCGAAGUUAAACGCCUCAACCCCGACGUCACUGCCGAAUCAAUCCUCGCAUAUUCAGCGACAGGCAAUCCGUGGAUGUAUGAGAACAAGUUCUACGAGGCGGUACCAGAGGAUUUUGUAUUCCAGAAAAAGUUUGUCAAAGUGGCUGAGAGGUUGUUCCAAGACGGGCUACUGAAGCCGGCGCGUGUUUAUCUGAACAGAGGGGGGAGCGGCUUGGGUGGCAUUGUGAAGGGACUGGUUGACAUAAAGGAGGGGAGGCAUUGGUGUAAAUGGGAUCAAAUGUGGUCUGCUAAGCUUAACUAUAAGCUUAAGAACUGGUAG